GGCGCCUCGGCGCGCCGCGCUACCCGGAAUAGACCUUUCUCCCGCCAUUUUCCUCCGGCUCCUAGCAGGCCCCGCGCCCCGCGGGUGAGGCCUGCCGCCGCCGUGCCUGGAGGCGUCGGGCUCGCGCCCCGCGGAGAACGCAGGCGGCAUGGACUGCGGGAACGGGGCUCGCGCCCGGCAACAUGUAUUCCUGCUUCCAGAAUAUUUAAAAGAUGCUUCAAAGAAGAUGAAAAGUGGGCUUAUGUUUGUAAAAUUGGUUAACCCAUGUUCAGGAGAAGGAACCAUUUACUUGUUCAAUAUGUGUCUACAGCAGCUGUUUGAAAUAAAAAUUUUCAAGGAAAAACACCAUUCUUGGUUUAUAAAUCAAUCAGUCCAAUCAGGAGGUCUUCUCCACUUUGCCACACCCAUGGACCCUCUAUUUCUGCUUCUCCACUACCUCAGGAAGGCUGACAAAGAGGGAAAGUUCCAGCCCCUAGAGCAAGUUGUGGUGGAUGACAUGUUUCCAAAUUGCAUUUUGUUGCUGAAACUUCCUGAUCUUGAGAAGUUACUUCGACAUGUGACAGAGGAAAAAGAAAUAGACAAAAAGAAAUAUUACAAGUACAGUAAGGAGAAGACAAUAAAGUGGCUGGAAAUAAAGGUUCAUCAGACUGUAUCAGCCUUAAAAACCAAUAACGUAAAUGUCGGUGCCCGGGUACAGGCAACUGCAUUUUUCUCUGGUGACCAGGUUUCCAUUGACAAGGAAGAGGAUUAUAUUCGCUAUGCACAUGGUCUGAUAUCUGAUUAUAUCCCUAAAGAAUUAAGUGAUGACUUAUCAAAAUAUUUAAAGCUUCCGGAACCUUCAGCGUCAUUGCCAAACCCUCCAUCAAAGAAAGUAAAGUUAUCUGAUGAGCCUGUAGAAGCAAAAGAAGAUUACACUAAGUUUAACAGGAAAGAUUGGAAGACUGAAAAGGUGGCAGCACAAAGACAGAAAAGGGGCAAGUGACAGCAGGUCCAACGCAAAGCUUGGCUGCUUCUUCUAUAACUUAAGACACUCUCAAGGCGCUAAGACUUUUUCUUCUGCACCGUCUAGAAAUUCUGCAAAUGCCGAAAAGUAUACUUUAAAGAACUAACCACUAACGAUCUAUUUCUUUGUUUAACACCACUAGUGCAUUUGGGUAAUGGCCUUUUGCGCUGGAGGUGACUCUGUCAUGGAACUUGAAUGCACCCCCAGAGGGUCCACAGUCUGAGAACUCAAGCCACAUCACCCGCUGGCCCCUGGCCUGUCUCCCAUUGUACAGUAUAGUGCUUCUGAUUUCAAAACAGUGGGAGGAGAGGGUACAUGGUGAAAUUGGGGUCCUUUCUAAAACCUGCCCACGUUGGCCUGUGUCCUCUCCUGGGGCUAGCUAGAGUGGUGUAGGUACGUGUGUGCUGACUACCAGUACUUGAUUCCACACUAAAAGCUUUGACAAGCCAACUUCCUAGCCUGACUUCAAAGAAAAAAGAAAAAGCCUGACUUUUCUGUACUCCUUACCAGUUUGACAGCUACUAAGUUAAAAUGAUAACUGAACAUGUGCAUUUUACAAUCUGCUGGAGUUAUAAACAUUGAUUCAUUUUUAAAAGAA